AUGAAGAGAUACACAAAGGUCUGCACUGGCCAUAUCAGAACCUCUAGGUUACCGAUAACUUGCCAAAGACGAUGGCUUUCCUACGACAAAUCCGAAUUGAGCAAAACGGCCCUGUUGAACCAGAUCGAAUCGGAACUUGAUCAAAUGGCGAGCGGCAAACGAGCGAGAAUCCAUCCCGAAGACAAGACUGUAGACACAGAUGCUGGAAGACUACCUAUAUCCCCCGUGAUGGACUACAAGUUCAUGCAGGCGAGGCGACGUACGAAGAAAGCGAUGCCCACGGCCAUAUCAGGACAAUUUCGGAAGAAGCUAUCAAAUAACCCAUACGCGGAGGCAUUGAUGGGUCCGACAAGAUGGUGCAAGAAUACGAACGCUUGCCUCCCUAGAUACUUCUUGCAGGACUUCGAAUUGGUCGAGCAUCCAGAUCCUGAGGAGAAGAGCCACUGGUGGGCACCAGGUCCAUUUUCUUUCUUGAGAGUCAAGCCGACAAGAGAAGAGCGAGAGGUGGAAAUAGACUCUAACGACAUAAAGUCAAUACUGAAGGGGGUUGAAAGGGUGCGAAGACAGAUCGGGCUUGUACAAAACGAAAUCGAAAAAAUGGCUACAGAAGCCACUUCGACGAGAGGCGACAUAUCAGCGGAAGCCAGAACGACCUCAACCCAAGCAACAUCUGGAGAUGCAGGCACCGAAGCUGAGACAAACACAGAAGUGGGCGUUGAUGAUGUGGAAAUAGACGAAGGACUGAUAGAACGACGAGCUCGCAUUGUCGCCUACACUAUCUCGCGCAAAAGCCUGAUCGAUAUCAUCGGAGGAGUCAGUGGAAAGAAGGGUAGCAGGGGUUAUCAAAAAAAGAUGAAUUCCCACCAAGGCAUGGCAUACCUUCCACAUGAUGUCGAACGAAAGAUUUUCCGAACAGACAUGGGCGAUGUACUUCUUGGGAUGUUUCGACGCCUGGCUGUCGAUACACUCAUCACACGCUCUUGCAGGGAAGGCUUAUGGGCGCCACACAAAUUCAUAAAGCCAGUUGCUAGCUGGGAAGAGGCGAAGGGAAUUUCAGGAGGUGGAGCAAUUCUUUAUAUUCCGAAGGAGGAUAUGGAGAACACGAGCAGUUAUGCGACUCUUGAUGUAGAAGAUGCUUCUUACGGCAGUAAGAUGGCAGUUCAUGAUCUACGAUACUUACUAGGAGAGGAUGAGCUUGAGAGGCUGAGAGAGAAGUCACAAGUAUUCCGAGAUCAUGAGAUUUUGGUGUUGAAGAACUUUAGAAGUGGGAGCAUGAGAGCUUUGCAUCUGCUUCUCUGGAGACUGCAAGGAUACUUGGCGACGCCUCAAGUUGAGCCCAUUGAGGGAAAAGAAGACUAA